UCAUUUGGAAAUCAGCUGUGCGGUCGUGUUCUAUUUUUUAGCUGAAGCAACAGCUGCGUAUUUUGAUUAAAAAAUAUGCCACAAACUAAAGUAAAAAGUAAAAAUCAACGAAAAUUAUAGUGCUAAGUGAAAACAUUAAUUAAACUCACUGUUAAAAUCACUCAAGCUAAGUUAAGUUCUAUGCAAAUGAUACAGUUUAGAAUUGAGUUUGGACUUUGACAUAUUUCGGAUUGAUUUCACUUUCACUUUGACCCAAAGUGACCAAAAACGGCAAUAAUCAAAACGACGUAGUAUAGAACAUAAUAAAGGAAACCACAAAGAGCUGAGAAUGGCCACAAAACGUCGACCACUACGUCCGAAUCUGGGUCAGAGCGGCGGAGGACCGAGCAGCUCCUCCAAUAUGAACUUUCGACCUGGUGGACCCGACAUAACCCGAUCGGAGGCGAAGGGCACACGACCGACGGCCGCGCCGACGAGCAUCCGAGAGAUCCUCGUCAUGGGUGUCAUUCACCUGUGCAAAAAGACCAUAUUCUUCAAUACGGAUCUGAAGGUGGCCCUCUAUCUGGGCAGUUUGUUCAUCAUUUCGCUUAUUGGCGACUUCUUGCCGUUUCCCCGGACAUACUUUGCCCGCUCCGACAACCUGUUCAAUCUGUACUUCGUCAAGGUCGGUUGGGGCUGGACACUGUUGUUCCUGGUGCCGUUUACAGUGCUCUCCUCGUACACGAUCACCUGCGGGGACAUGAAACGGAUGCUGAGGCAUCACUUGCCACGUGUCCUGAUAGCCACAUUCUUCUGGUUCUUUUGGACAAAGCUCUUCAAUGUGGUGGAAACAUCCUACGGUCGCUGCACAACCAAAGGGUAUGCGAGCAAGUCCAGCUGCCUGAAGGCGGGACAUCUCUGGCAGGGAUUUGACAUCUCUGGCCACGCCUUUAUACUCAUACACUCGAGCUUGGUGUUGAUCGAGGAGGCGCGUCCCAUCAUCAAGUGGGAGACCAUCAAGGAGCAUCUACGCAACGAGCUACACAAUCGCAGUGUCUCGGAGACGUCGAGCAGCAAUCCGUUGCGCGGUCUAAACACGGAACAGAUACGUAGUCUACAAUUUCUGUACACCCGGCUAACGCCCAUAAUUCGCACCCUGUUCAUUGGAAUGGCUGCACUGCAGCUGCUCUGGGACAUCAUGUUGGUGGGCACAAUGCUGUACUAUCAUCGCAUGAUUGAGAAGGUCAUCAGCGGCAUUGUGGCCAUUCUGACCUGGUACUUUACCUAUCGCUUCUGGUAUCCAACCAACGGACUCUUGCCGGAGUCACCUGGCAACGGUUCCUUCUAUUACCAACGCGAUAACUUUGUUUUCAAACGACCCACGCAUUUACCCAGCUGCCCAGCAGCAGCACCAGGUGGUGUCCAGGCAUCCAGUAGCAAUGGCAAGUCAACUGGACAGUCGCAACAACAGCAGCAGCAGAUACCUACAUUCAUGGGUAUGCCACUGUUCACCAAUGCAAAGGCUGCCAGUACAGCUGCCAGUUUGCUCAAAGCGGAGCAGCAGAGGAGGACAGAGAAGCACCUUCAAAUGGGCGUGGAUAGUUAAAGCUUAGGAAUCUAUAUAUAACGAAUGAUCAGAAAACAGGAAUUGAAUUGAAGGCAUUAUUUUUAGACCUUUAACCGGUUGUGGUUAGCGAACGAAAUGAAACUUUUGUACCAAAAUAGAACUUAAUACCAAAUGUUUUUAUAUGUACUUGUAUAUUCUAAAAUGUUAUGAGGAGCAGCUUGAGGCUUUGCACUUUGGCACAGUGCGCUCGCUAUGUAUGCAUACAGUUAGUCUAGCAAGUAUUUUGAUAUAAUGCAAAAUUAUAAAAAAUUUAAUAAUUGAUUGAAAUUGUUAAACGUAAUUCGAAAAAGUAAACGAAACAAGACGUUAAAGCGAAACUAUUAAAAUUGAAAUAGAAAAUAUCUAACCGAUUCAUGUAUGGCAAUAAAUUGGAUUCAAUCUA